AAAUGGAGUCAAGAGUAGCAAAUGGAAAAUGUAAACAAGCAACUUUUCUCAUUUGUUAUUGUUUGAUCAUAUUUAAUUUGUAAUUAUAUACAAAAUAUUAACAUAGGCACUGCAUUUAAAUAGUAACAUAUUACUAAUUUAAAAAUGAGUGAAGUUAGUGAAUGGGUGAGCGAUGAGCUUCAUAACAUUCUAGGAUUUAGUGAUAAAUAUGCAGCGGAGUUUUUAAUGAACUUGGCUACUAAAAGUACUAGUGCAGAAAUAUUGGUGGAUAAAAUCCGAGACACUGGAACUUUGUCAAUAAAUCCUAGCGUUAUUAAAUUUGCUAAUGAGUUAUGGGGAAAGGUACCACAUGCUGAAAUCAAAGAAAAACCCGCUAGAGUCCGAGAAAGAGAAAUCGUAGAGACUUAUAAGAAAAAUAUGAGUUAUAAACUCAUUGAAGAUGAGGAUGAUUAUACGCCUACUUACGAAACAAAAGAGCCUAAAAAAGGAAAAAAGCGUAAACAUUUAAGGGAGAGAAAAGAAUCUAGUUCUGAUAGUGAUGAUCAAAAAGUAAGACAAUCUAAGAUGACACAAGAAUCAGAUUCAGAGAGUGAUUUUGAAAAACAAGAAAGGGAGCGUUUGGAGGAUUUAAAAGAAAGAGAUGAGUUUUCUGAACGUUUGAAAAAGAAGGAUAAAGAAAAAACUCGAAAAAUUGUUGAGAGAUCUGACAAAAAAGCUUUUGAGGAGGCUGCAAAAAGAUUACGCUUGGAAGCUGAAGACAAAAAGAAAAUAGUACCCAAAUUAAGAGUAGAAUCUCGUAGAGAAUAUUUAGCCAAAAGAAAAGAAGAUAAAUUAAUAGAAUUAGAAGGUGAUAUACAAGAUGAAGAAUAUUUAUUUUCAGAUGUCAAAUUAACUGAAAAAGAGAAAAAGGAGCUUCAAUAUAAAAAGAAAAUUCUUGAACUUGCUAAACAACAUGACAAAGCAAAACAAUUAGAAAAAAUUGAUCGAUAUCAUAUACCUGAAGCAUCUAGAAAAGAGCCACCUAAAAAGUAUGAAGAGGUUGAUGAAAAAGAAAGAGCACCAAAUGCCGAACAAUUAAAAUGGGAACAAGAAAGAUUGGGUUUCGCACAAAUGAGUUUUGGUGCUAGAGAUGCAAAGAAAAAACGUAAAGAUAAAGAGUACGAUUUAGUUUAUGAUGAUGCUAUUGAAUUUGUUCAAUCUAUAAAAAUGGCUGGUACAACAAAUACAUCAGCUCCCAGUGAUGAAUUGUCAGAAAGGGACAAAAAGAAACUUAGCAUACAAGAAACAAGAAAAAGUCUUCCAAUUUUUCCCUUUAGAGAAGACUUAUUGAAUGCAAUUGAAAACCACAACAUUCUUAUUGUUGAAGGAGAAACUGGAUCUGGUAAAACAACUCAAAUUCCACAAUAUUUACAUGAAGCAGGAUAUACUAACGAUAAGAAAAAAGUAGGUUGUACUCAACCAAGGCGUGUAGCUGCAAUGAGCGUAGCAGCAAGAGUUUCGGAGGAAUUAUCUGUUAAGUUGGGAAAUGAAGUAGGUUAUAGUAUUCGAUUUGAAGAUUGCACCUCCGAGAGAACUAUAAUUAAGUACAUGACUGAUGGUAUGUUACUCAGAGAGUUUCUUUCAGAACCCGAUUUGGCAUCCUAUAGUGUAAUCAUAGUAGACGAAGCACAUGAACGUACAUUGCACACUGACAUAUUGUUUGGUCUUGUAAAAGAUAUUGCCCGUUUUAGACCCGACUUAAAAUUAUUAAUAUCUAGUGCCACGUUAGACGCUGAAAAAUUUUCACAAUUCUUCGAUGAUGCACCCAUUUUUAGAAUUCCUGGUAGAAGAUUUCCAGUUGAUAUAUUUUACACAAAAGCACCUGAGUCGGAUUAUAUCGAGGCAUGUGUUGUAACAGUACUACAAAUACAUUUUACUCAACCACUGGGUGAUAUUCUUGUAUUUUUGACAGGUCAAGAUGAAAUUGAAACUUGUAAUGAAUAUCUUCUGGAAAGAACAAGGAAAUUAGGUUCAAAAAUGAAAGAAUUGGUAAUUUUACCAAUUUACGCUAACUUGCCGUCUGAUAUGCAAGCAAAAAUAUUUGAACCUACUCCACCGGGAGCUCGCAAAGUUGUAAUUGCUACUAAUAUAGCAGAAACAUCUCUGACUAUCGAUGGAAUAAUUUAUGUAAUUGAUCCAGGGUUUUGUAAACAAAAUAGCUUCAAUGCUCGCACUGGAAUGGAGUCACUUAUAGUAGUACCAAUCUCAAAAGCAUCAGCCAAUCAGAGAGCUGGGCGUGCCGGCCGUGUUGCUGCAGGGAAAUGCUUUCGGUUGUACACAGCUUGGGCAUAUCAACAUGAAUUAGAGGACAAUACAAUUCCUGAAAUACAACGCGUUAAUUUAGGAAAUGCAGUUCUUUUACUCAAAUCACUUGGUAUCAAUGAUAUCAUGCAUUUUGACUUUUUGGAUCCACCUCCACAUGAAAGUUUAGUUUUGGCUCUGGAACAAUUAUAUGCAUUAAGUGGUUUAAACCAUCAAGGUGAGCUCACCAUGAUGGGACGAAAAAUGGCUGAAUUUCCGGUUGAUCCAAUGAUGUCUAAAAUGCUUCUGGCAUCAGAAAAGUAUAAAUGUUCUGAAGAGAUUCUUUCUAUAGCUGCUAUGUUAUCAGUAAACAAUGCAAUAUUCUAUAGACCAAAGGACAAGAUAGUUCAUGCAGACACAGCGAGGAAAAAUUUCUUCAGUAAAGGUGGUGAUCAUUUAACAUUGUUAAAUGUUUAUAAUGCUUGGGUAGAAUCUGAAUAUAGCACUCAAUGGUGUUUUGAAAACUACAUUCAGCAUAGAUCAAUGAAAAGGGCUAGAGAUGUCCGUGAACAGUUAGAAGGACUUAUGGACCGAGCUGAAAUAGAACUUGUGUCCAAUCCUGAUGAUACUGUAGCUAUUAGAAAGUCUAUAACAGCAGGUUAUUUUUAUCAUACUGCACGAUUAUCAAAAAGUGGACAGUACAAAACACAUAGACAUCAACAAACUGUAAUGAUUCAUCCGAAUAGUGCAUUGUUUGAAGAUUUACCUAGAUGGUUAUUAUAUCAUGAGCUUGUAAUGACUUCUAAAGAAUUUAUGAGACAAGUAAUUGAGAUUCAAGGAAUUUGGUUAUUAGAAGCAGCCCCUCAUUUUUACAAAGCUAAAGACAUUGAAGAUUCAUCCAACAAAAAAAUGCCUAAAAAUACUGGAAAAGCACAAGCUGAUCUUGCUAGGAGUUAUGAUAGAUAAUUUUUUUAAGUAGUCUGUUAAAGGCCUAUGUAAAAAAGUUUUUAAUAAUUUUUUUUUAACAAUGUGUAUUAUGCAAAUUUAGUAUAAGUUAAAGAGUUUUGUUGGUUAAAAAAUAUUGUAAAACUGAUAAUUAUUUUAAUAAAAAAUAUCUAUUAAAAAGUUAA